CUGAAGAGAAAGGGUGUUAUUGGUUGGCAUCAUACUUAAAACGGAAAUGAACAGUGGCCAACAACAAUUUCCACGUUAGCGUUUUUACAGUUAUUAUUUAGACCUUUUUUAACACCAUAGGACUCAAAAUAUGACUUAACUGCACAGCAUCGCACACGUACCCCGGUUAUUGUUUAAUUCGCGUAGGAGACAGGACUUGGUUGACAGAUGUUAUCUAGGUAACCCUAGCUAGCUAGGUGCUAACAAUGGAUAACUGUAUGGUUUUUCACACUCAAAUUGCCUCAAUCUUGGAGGUGCUAGCAAAUGCAGCCGUGGCAGACAUCUGUAAACUCGUAGAGGACGACUAUGCAGUGUUUCGUUUGGAAAUAACUCAAAGCCAGAAAGAAAACCGGGCAUUGCGGAGGAAACUGCAUCUUUUGGAACUGAAGGUGGCACGGGAGCGCGUCCUCGUCAGUCGUCCCAGUAGUGUCAAGAUCCUCGACCAAUACAGAGGAAUGGCAAGAGGUGAAGGAAAUCUCACUGGAGGCCACAGGAGCUUUGUGAAGCCAGCAGGACACCAUACAUGGACAGAUGACCAACCAAUCACUAUUGAUGAGGGGAGUGGAACCUCAACCCAGCACAUUAUCGUGAUAGAGUCUGCAGAUGCAGAGGCUACAGGUCCUGGGGUCAAGCUGGAGAAGACUGAAGGAGAGGUGGAACCACGGCAAAGCAGAGACAUCCAGACUGGAGCGCCCCCUGUAGCCACAAAGGACCCCACCAUCGCCCCAGCGCCGCCCAGGACCCGACGUAGCAUCACAGAGGUCAGUGGAAUGCCGAAAGCCACCCUGAAAUCAGAAACAGACACAGAGACUUCAACUGUAACACACAGGCUCUUACACCCAGGAUCUGACCCAGAGAGACUGGUGCCACUGGGCUGUCCUCCUGCUCCCGCUCCCGGCUCAGAGUACUUACCGGUAUUUCAUCAGAUCCAGAGGACGGUUCAUUCCCAUGGUGAUGGUGACGCUUUAGACACUGGGGUUGAUCUGUCUUGUUCUUACGCUACAGAGAUGGACCCUGACAACAUGACCUUGGGUUUGGAGACACAGACUGAUCUGUCUAGAAGGGACUGGAACCAGUACAGUAGUACUGUAUACUCUGAAGGGUGCCUAGAUAAGAAAGGGGAGGUUAUAGUGGUAGAUGAGGUGAAAGUGGAGGGCUACGCUCCUCCCACAUGGAAUGCAGAUAGUCACCUAGAAGACGGACACUUACAGGGCAGAGAUUUCUUAGAUUACAGGGGAAGUUCAGAGACAAAUCAACAUUUUGUCACCCACUCCCCUUUACACACGCUCAGGGAUCGCGACCCAGUAUCUACGUCGAUGGGGCCUCCUGAUUCACAUGGCCACGUCCUUUUCGAUCAGGUAUUGAACUCAAUCGACAGGGCUAGAGCCCAGGCUCAGGGAGGGGGAGCAACAUCAGGCAAUAGUAAAGAGAAACGGUUCCUCUGCAUGUUUUGUAACAAAGGUUUCAGCUGCCCCCAGAAAGUGGAGAUCCACCAGAGGGUCCACACAGGGGAGAAACCCUUCAGCUGUACCCAGUGUUACAUGUGCUUCGCCCAGGCUGGUGAUCUGAAGAGGCACCAGAUGGUCCACACAGGGGAGAAACCCUACAGCUGCCCCCAGUGUGAGAAGAAGUUCUCCCGCCAGCACCAGCUGAAGAGGCACCUGAAGGUUCACACGGGAGAGAGGCCGUUCGCCUGUGCACACUGCAGGAAGAGGUUCUCAGAGAGAAGCUACCUCAGGAUACACCAGGAGAAAAACCAUUCUACUCUAUAACAUAGAAAGUCACCAUUCCACUCGAUACCAUCUGACGUUUAGAUCAAACCCUGCAUUAAAUACAGAUUAAUUGUAAUUGUUGUCAACAGAAAAUACCCACAGAUGCAUUUGAAAUAACGAGAGUAACCGAUUUCAGAGUACAAUAUUCCUGGGUAGAAUAUUGCAUCCAGUGUGAUAUACACUGAGUAUACAAAACAUUAAGAACCUCUGCUCUUUCCAUGACAGACUGACUAGGUGAAGGCUUUGAUCACUUAUUAAAUCAACUUCAAUCAGUGUAGAUGAAGGGGAGGAGACAGGUUAAACAAGGAUUUUUAAACCUUGAGACAAUUGAGACAUGGAUUGUGUAUGUGGGCCAUUCAGAAGGUGAAUGGGCAAGAUUUUAGAGCCUUUGAACAGGUUAUGGUAGUAGGUGCCAGGCGCACCGGUUUAUGUUGAGAAUUGCACCACUGCUGGGUUUUUCACGCUCAACAAUUUCCAGUGCGUAUCAAUAAUGGUCAGACACCCAAAGGACAUCCAACCAACUUGACACAACUGUGGAAAGCAUUGUAGUCAACAUGGGCCAGCAUCCCUUUGAAAUGCUUUUGAUACCUUGUAGAGUCCAUGCCAUGGCUAAUUGAGGCUGUUCUGAGGGCAAAAGGGGGGUUGCAACUCAAUAUUAGGAAGGUGUUCCUAAUGUUUGGAAUACUCAGUGUAUAAGGCAUAUUUAAGCCUAAAAAAGUAUGUUACAUAUUAUGCUUAACUGUGUAGGCUAUAUAAUGUUCACAAAUUCCUAUUUCAUUACUUCUGAUUUAACUAUAAAAUGUUUUUCAGUUUAUCAAGUUCAAUCAGAUGUUUAGUUGAGACAUUACAUUUUACAUUUUAGUAAUUUAUCAGACACUCAUUGUAAUGGGUACAUUUUCCCUCAAUAAAGUAGGUAUCCGCAAAGUCA